GCAGCGGCAGCAGCAGCAGCAGCAGCAGCGGUCGGGGAGCAUUAGCGGCGUCGCCGGUGCUCAAGCCGGGGAGGACGCCGGGCGGCCGCCGGCAGCACCCGCUGCCUAGAGGUGACAGCGGAGGAUCCCGCUGCGGCUCCGGGCACCGCGCUCUUCUACGAAGGAAUAACUUUAUUUUACCUGCUUCCCUCUAUCCUUCCUUUUUUUCUUUUUCUCUUUUUUUUUUUUUUUUUUUUUUUUUUUUUUCUCCCCGCGGCGCUCGGGCUCCGGAUCCGCUCAGCGUCGGCGACAGCAGCGAGAGGAGCCGGGCGGCGCUCCCGCCGCGGGGCUGGGGAUGGCGAGCCCCGCUGUGCUGGGGCUGCUGCCCCCCCUGAGCUCCCCGCCCGGCCCCAACCUGAACAACAACAAUAACAACAACCAGGGCGUCAGGAAGUGCGGGUACCUGCGCAAGCAGAAGCACGGCCACAAGCGCUUCUUCGUGCUUCGCGGCCCGGGCGGCGGCGGGGAGGAGGCGGGGGGCGCCCGGCUGGAGUACUACGAGAGCGAGAAGAAAUGGAGGAACAAGUCCGGGGCGCCCAAGCGGGUGAUCUCCCUGGACUCCUGCCUCAACAUCAACAAGCGGGCGGACGCCAAGCACAAGUACCUCAUCGCCCUCUACACCAAGGACGAGUACUUCGCUGUGGCUGCCGAGAACGAGCAGGAGCAGGAGGGCUGGUACAGGGCUCUCACCGACCUGCUCAACGAAGGCAAGGCGGCCUGCCAAGGGUCCCCCUACCGCCACCUCGCCUCCCCCUUUUCCGCCUCCUGCGGCGCGGCCGCCGCCUCCCUGGCCGCCGCCGGCGAAGACCUUAACUACGGGCUGAUCACGCCCGCCACCGCUGCCUACCGAGAGGUCUGGCAGGUGACGCUGAAGCCCAAGGGCUUGGGGCAGAGUAAAAACCUCACCGGCGUCCACCGGCUCUGCCUCUCGGCCCGCACCAUUGGGUUCGUGCGCCUCAAUUGCGAGCUGCCCUCUGUCACGCUGCAGCUGAUGAACAUCCGCCGCUGCGGCCACUCCGACAGUUUCUUCUUCAUCGAGGUGGGGCGCUCGGCCGCCACCGGUCCCGGCGAGCUCUGGAUGCAAGCGGACGACUCGGUGGUGGCCCAGAACAUCCACGAGACCAUCCUGGAGGCCAUGAAGGCGCUGAAGGAGCUGUCCGAGUUCCGGCCCCGCAGCAAGAGCCAGUCCUCUUCCUCCUCUUCCUCCGGCGGGGCCGGCGGGCCCGGCGGCAGCGGCGCCUCCGCCACCCACCCCAUCACCGUGCCCGGUCGCCGGCACCACCACCUGGUCAACCUGCCUCCCAGCCAGACCGGCCUCCUCCGCCGUUCCCGCACCGACAGCCUCGCCGCCGGCGCCGGCACCAAGUGCACGCCGUGCCGGGUGAGAACGGCCAGCGAGGGCGACGGCUGCCGGGUGGGCUCUGCGGCCGGCAGCCCCAUGAGCCCGGGCCCCGUGCGGACCCCCUUGAGCCGCUCGCACACGCUCAGCGGCGGCGGGGGGCGGCAGGCGGGGAAGCUGCUCCCGGUUCUGGCCGGCAGUGGCGGGCUGCAGAGCAGCCGUUCCAUGUCCAUGCCCGCCUCCCACUCGCCCCCCUCCGCCACCAGCCCCAUCAGCCUCUCCUCCAGUAGCGGCCUCGGCUCCGAGACUGCCCAUCCGCAUCACCCGCAGCGCCCGUCCAGCGGCAGCGCCUCCGUGUCCGGCUCCCCCAGCGACGCCGGCUUUAUGUCCUUCGAUGAGUACGGCUCCAGCCCAGGCGGCGACCUCCGGCCCUUCUCCUCCUCCUCCACUGCCAGCAAUCGCAGCAACACCCCCGAGUCGGUGGCCGAGACUCCCCCGGUGCGGGACCCGGGGGGCGGCACCGACCUCUACGGCUACAUGGCGAUGGAGCGGCCUCCGAGUGGCCGCCUCUGCUACCGGCCCUGUCCCGACGCUGCCAGCGACAGGUGCCAUCGGAAGCGGACCUACUCCCUGACCACGCCGUGCCGGCAGCGACCCGCCGCGCCGCAGGUUUCCUCCGCCUCCCUUGACGAGUACACGCUGAUGCGCGCCACCUUCGCCGGCAGCGCCGGCCGCCUCUUCCCCUCCUGCCAAGCUGGGGCUUCCCCCAAAGUGACCUACACCCCCUACCCCGAGGACUACGGGGACAUCGAGAUCGGUUCUCACCGCAGCUCCGGCAGCAGCAGCACCAAUCUGGGCCCGCCGGCAGUGGGGGGAGGAGGGGGAGAUGAUGACGGCUACAUGCCCAUGACCCCCGGUGUGGCCGCAUCCUUAGGGCAGGGAAGCCGGGGCAGCGAUGAUUACAUGCCCAUGAGCCCCACCAGCGUGUCUGCCCCCAAGCAGAUCCUGCAGCCCCGGGCAGGGGUGGGUAGUGGGUCCCCGGGGAACGGGAGCAGCUACAAGACCAGCUCGCCUGGGGAGAGCUCCCCUGACGAUAGCGGGUACAUGCGGAUGUGGUGCGGCUCCAAGCUGUCAGUGGAGAGCUCAGAUGGAAGGCUGAGUAACGGCGACUAUAUCAAUAUGUCCCCUCGAGACCCCCAGAACGGGCCCCACGCUCCCUCCCUCACCCCCCCAGACUUCUUUUUUGCCCCUUCAGAGCACGGGUCUAGUGAGCCCCCAAAGCCCAGCUGCUAUUCAUACAGCUCCUUACCCCGCUCCUACAAGAGCCAGGGCUUGGCAAAGGACAGUGACCAGUAUGUGUUCAUGAACUCCCCGGGGAGGAUGAUCCCGGAGGAGGCGGUGUGUGGAGCGAGCCAGCUGCCUGCAGGCACCUUCGCCCCCUCCAGCCACACGGUGCCUUCGCCCCUGCGGCACAGCCGGACCGAGAGCUUCCUUAGCCAGCGGUGCCAGCGGGUGGCCCGGCCCAGCCGCCUUUCUUUGGAGACCUUGCGGACGAUGCUGCCCAGCAUGAACGAGCACCCUCUGCCGCCUGAGCCCAAGAGCCCUGGUGAAUACAUCAACAUUGACUUUGGGGAUGCUGCUGUGUAUUCUCCCCCCUCGCUGCCUGCUGACAGCCCAGCCUCCUCCCUGGGCUCAGGCACGGGGCAGAGGCGCUCCCCUCUCUCCGACUACAUGAACAUUGACUUCGGGUCACAGUCACCCUCCCAGUCGGGCACGGUCUCAGUGGGCUCCUUGGAAGCUCUCUCUCCGGGUUCUUCCUCCAGCACCAGCCAGCCCAACGGGUGCUACCUGAAGGCGGCUGUGGGGGUUGCUUGUUCGUCCAGCCCAUCGGAUGGCGGUGAUUACACCGAGAUGACCUUUGGCAUGGCCACUACCCCACCUCAACCCAUCGUUCAGAAACCAGAAAGUGCCCGGGUCACCAGCCCCACAUCUGGCGUGAAGAGGCUCACCCUUUCUGGGGUGGAGGCUUUCAUUCUCUCCAGCCCUCCCCCAGACCCGAAUCGGGGGGCGAAAGUAAUCCGGGCAGAUCCCCAGGGGCGGAGGAGGCACAGCUCAGAAACUUUCUCCUCCACCACCACUGUGACCCCAGUGUCCCCCUCCUUCGCACACAACCCCAAACGACACAACUCGGCCUCGGUGGAGAACGUGUCCCUCAGGAAAAGCGAAGGCCUGGAGGAGGAGCAGGGUAGCAGUCCCAUGUGCCGGGAGACCUCGGCUGGCUUCCAGAAUGGCCUCAACUACAUCGCCAUUGAUGUAGUGGAUGGGUCCCAGGCAAACUGUGACAAAUCCAGGUUGAAAGCUAGGCACCUCCUGAAUGGGGGCAUCAAUGGAGUAGAGAUGAGCACCUAUGCCAGCAUAGACUUCCUGUCUCACAACCUGAAAGAAGCCAGUGCUGUGAAAGCUUCUAAACGCAGAUCACAUGGAGGAAUGGUGCGGGGAGGCUCGUUGGGAUUGACCCUAUCUGUAGGAGGUGGGCUGUCUUCUCCAGCACCUCGCUUCCCUGAGAAGGGUGCCAGCCUGUAGGGUGCACUCAGAGGUACGGGAUGCAGGGAUGGAUGGAUGGAUGGAAGGAUGGAACCAGAGUAAGGCCAAGGUAGUAAGGAAGAACCUCACACCACCAGCAUCCUCAGCCAACAGUGGGUUGGGUACCAAAAAUGGGGUGGGCAUCAGGUUAAUUGCACUUGUGGCCUCCCAACUGGGAAAGUCACAGCAUGGGGAAGGCAAAAUACAUCAUAAAGGACUUAGUUGGUGUAAGUUUAAUCAAAUAAUAAGCUUCUGCAAAUUUCCUAGUUUCCCUUCUGGUUUUCAUUGGGAUUUCACACUGAAGUUUGUUUAUGGAAGGUCUUCUGCCACUGCUUAAAAAGGUCACCCAAAAUUUUGGUAAUGUAUUUGAGUUUCAAACAUUGUGAUUUGGGACACUACUAAGAAUUUAAUAUUUUACUGAGAAACAUAAUCUGUUUAAAGAAAACUGUAUUUUGCUCAUAGACAAGAUUAUUUCAACAGUAGUAAUUUUUGUAGAUUUGAGAAAGGCUAAUUCUGUAAAAAUUACUGAUUUGCACAAGGGAGAGAUUAUAUAAUCAGCCUUGUUUGUUUAGUUCACACUUCUUUCAAACUUAGUUUUUAAAUACAUUAGAAAAGUGGGAACUUUUACUUCAAGAGUGGUUUCUAGUAAUUCUAAAAUGAUGGAGAACCCACUUUUGUUUAAUAUUUAGAACAGGAGACUCUGAGAUACAGAGUAUACAAACAAGCUCCUUGUAAUUACCUUCUCAGAAAAUUAAUAUUUUGAUUAAUGCAAAAUACAUGUAAAAAAACAUGUAUUGAGUUCUUCUUUAAGGAUUUUGAUUUGUGCAAAAUACAUGUAAAAAAUCAGUUUGAGUUCUUCCUUAAAGUCUAUAGCAGCAGUUGUAUUUUCAUACAUGUGUUUUAGGGAAAAUUAUUUAUAUAAUUUAAAGGUGGCUGGAUUUCACAUGUAGUGUGUUUCUCUGCUGUCAGUAACUUGCCUCUGCUUUAGGGAGUGCUUUGCUUUUGGACAUCUCUGCCCAUAUUAUCCUGUCAUGGCAAGAGCAAAGAGUGCAUCCACAGCUGCUGUCGAAACAGAACAGUUAAAAGCUUGCUUGAAAUUAUCGCUUCAUUUAGUUUCACUGUGUUUUAAAAGUGUGCAGAUAUUUAGGAGUUGGGGAAACAAUUGCCUUCAUCUGAUAUGUAAAUAAAAUAAUACUGUUAUUGGUGGGUUAAAAUGUGUUGCUUGCUAAUAACAAGCCUUUGUUCUUAAAUUAUGACCGCUGACCGCUUUUUUGCUUAGAAACAUAUGGACUGUGUAUGGAUUUCAUUAUUUAUGGAGAUGUUUGCACUCAUUUUUCUCAUAAAGUGUGUAUUAUUUAUUUCAGUAUAUUUAUGACAGAUUACACACAACAAUGAUGUGACUUUUUAUGGUGAACCAUAGUUCUGAAGUCAAAGUUGAAGUCAAAUAGAAGUUUUGUUUCUGUCUCAAUGGAGUUAAGAUUUUACCCUUUGCGUGUAGUCCUGGAUGUAUUAAUUAAGAUUACCAUUAAAUAUACUGGAUGUAUAAUAGGGAAUUUUCCUUAAUCUAAAUCACCAGAUUGGAUUAUCUUUAAUUUUGUUUUCUUUUCCAUUCACAGAGUGCUCUGUAGUCCUAACUUGUAAAUGUUUCUAGUAGUUGGUCUGGUUUUCUAAAACUGAACAGAUGUUAUGUGUAAUAAUGAAAGAAUCCUUGAGGGUUCUUUCCCUCCUGUGUCAGUUUCUUUUGCCUUGAUUUGUUUGGAGAAGCCAUCAGCUGUAAUGCAUCUACUUAAAAUCAUAGUAAGGUGAUUUUUUGGUAAUAGUGAUCCACCCCUUGCACUCGCCUUGUCAAUUAGCUUUUAGUUUUGUGAGGGUUUUAUGUUUGCACCUAAACAAUAAAAAAACCUGUUUUAAGAAAU